CCUAAAAAAAUGCUUAAAAUGUACAACUCCGGUUUUCUAUAGGCACAGAAAGAGGGAUAAAGGCAGAGAAAGAGAGAGGGAUCGGACGUGAGAUGAAAUGAUGUGACAAAACGGUGUCUUAUGGAUGAUUUAGGGUGUAUUUGAGCAGUUAUGGUGCCACGGACGCGUUUCGUUUCGAUCUGGGAUUGAUUUUUGUGAAUGGGGAUUUCGUCGCAGGCCUCGGACAUCUGAUUCAUUUUUAUGAUCUGAAUGAUUUUCUGAUCUCAGAUCUGUUUUUAUUUGUGAUUUCGCGAGAUGAAGAGAGUUAAUAGUUUCCAGAGGUUUAUGAACACCCGAGCGGCUGCAAACUGCCGUUACCAGCCCACAUGUUACGAGCACGCGGCCAACUGCUACACCCAUGCGCUGCUGAUUGUGCCGGCGUUCGUGGGAAUGGCUUUGUUACACCGGCUGUCUGAUGACCGCUGGGAGCGGAUCACGGCCUGGGUGUACGGCUUGGGUCUGAUCGCUCUGUUCCUCAUCUCCACAGUAUUUCACAUUAUUUCCUGGAAAAAGAGCCACAUGAGAAGCAUGGAGCACUGCUUCCACAUGUGUGAUAGAGUCGUCAUAUACUUCUUUAUCGCUGCCUCUUAUACACCAUGGCUCAAUCUCCGGGAGCUCGGGCCGCUCGCCGCUCACAUGCGCUGGUUUGUGUGGCUGAUGGCGGCCGCCGGGACCAUCUAUGUGUUCAACUACCACGAGAAGUAUAAGUUAGUGGAGCUGGCGUUCUACCUGACCAUGGGCUUCUUUCCUGCGCUGGUGGUGACAUCAAUGAGUAACACAGACGGGCUGUACGAGCUGGCGUUCGGAGGCUUGGUCUACUGCCUGGGUGUCGUCUUCUUCAAAUCAGACGGUGUGAUUCCGUUCGCUCACGCCAUCUGGCACGUGUUUGUGGCUCUUGCUGCCGCCAUCCACUACUACGCCAUCUGGAAGUACUUGUACCGCAGUCCCCUGCUGGAGGACAUCAGGGAUGCUUGAGCUCCUCUUCCUCUUUCCUCCUCCAUCACCAAAACAUCACAACCGGAUGCUCCAAACACCGACGUUUACCAGUACGACCAUGCAAUGUUUACGGUUUUCUAACCAACUGGGAUCAGUGAAAAGUGUGUGUGUGUGUGUCGCAGUACUGAAUGCACAUUUACAACAGUUGCAACAAGACGGCAACGUAUGUGUUUUUUUUUCCAUUUUCAUCAGUAUUAUGUAAAUAUAUUCCUACCGAAAGCAGAUGAAUUGUGAUUCUUUUUGAUAUUUAAUGAUUUUUCCGUGCAUUCAGUACUCUCUCUCACACACACACACACACACACACACACAUGCAUACAUACAUACAUACAUAUAUACAUAUACACGCACGCGCGCACACACACACACACACACACACAUACACACACACUCAGUAGCAGUUUCAUAUCAUCUGUAGUGAAUUACUUUUCUUUACUCGUGCAACUUUCUGUAUCAAAUCUGUAUUUUUGCAUCUCAGCUCACUGGGUUUUUACUUCAGACGUAUGGCUAGUUGUUUUCUACGAAGCGCUGGUGGUUUUCUACACUCCCGGCGUCUCCUUCCCCCGUGUUUCUGCUCUUUCAGCAGGAUUUGAAAGUGUUGCACAGAGCUUUUUUUCUAUGUGGCACUUUUCUAACAGGAAGAACCACUUCUCUUUGAUACUCCAUUUGUAGGCUGAUGGUGGAUAGAAACAAUGUUGAAUGCUUCUCUGCACAACCAGGUUUAUGAUGCUAUAGGAUGUUUUAUCUCACCGCCUGAACCACCUUAAAGACACUUUGUGAGGUUUCUCAAUUUUGGCACAAUAUUCGAUGGAUUUUUGAUUAAGAAGUGUUAGCCAAUGACUUUUGAAUGACAUUCUAGAAUAACAUCCUGUGUCUGGUAUGAAUCUGGCAAAAACGGGUCAUAUUUCACCCCCAAAUCUUGAAAAAAUUGCAAUUGCAUUGCAAGAAACUAAAGCAUACUAUUUUUAGGACCAUUAUAUUUGUUUGUAUUUCUGUUUUUUGCAUUAUGACAUUUUCAUGACGUUUUUCUUCUCAUUACUAUAGAGUUUUUAUUUUAUAUAUAUAUAUUUAAAAUGACUAUUACAGUAAUACAUACAUUUUUGUGUGUAUAUAUAAUUUAAUUAACAAUUAAUGUCACAAUGCAAAAAAGUUUUUUUUUUUUUUUUUUUCCAUGACUUUACAAUGUUCCUUACAGGUUUAUGAGAUUUACUUGCAAUAUGGGAAAACUAAACAUUUCUGAACUAAUGUUCAUUUACUGCCAUGAUAUCUUCUGGUAUCUAAACGGUGCCAGCAAAAGGCUCAUCGUCCCAUCAUGCAUGUCACACUACCUGUAUGCAGCAGGAUCAUCUUUUAUCAUUUUGAGGACCUUCGCUGGUUUCGGUCGCGUUUCUUCAGGAGACGCUGUGACACUGUGAAUGCGUUCAGCUUUGAUCGCAGUUUGACUUUGCAGUUCUGUUGAAGCACUGAUCUGAUGGGAUUCAGCAAAUGUAGUGAUCCCAUAAGCAGCUUCUCGCAAAUUGAAGUGUUUUCGCUCAAAGGCUGAAGCUCUUGUUUUGUAAUAUUUUCACUGUGUUCUAUAAACAUGCUUAUUCUUCUUCUCACGUCACAUCGGAAUAUCCUUACUUUUUCAUCCUGUAAUUACAGACUUUAAAAAUAAAGUUUAUGCAAGCACUGAUAUGAGUAAAAGCAGGUUUUCUACACAUUUUUCUUCUUCAUAUGUUAUUAGGUUUUUUGCAGGUGAGUUAUUGUCCUGUUUUUCCAUCAUGCAGAGUUUCAUUAUUAUUUGGGGAUGUUUGAUGAGAUGUGUUCAGACUGCAUGCACAGAGUCAUUUUGACCACCUCUUAUACUCUGGGACAGACUUUUGUAAAAAUCUUUCUACAUCCUGUUUUGGCACAUAAUUCUGCACUGGUCUUCUCAAAUCCAACUACAAAACCUCUUCUAACGCUUCUGAUGUUCUCAUCACACAUCAUUCUAGUGUUUUGGUGCUGGUGUUACUAUAAAGACUACAUGUGUCCGAUACUGAACAAGUUUCUAAAGUGUUAAUAAACAUGAGCAGUAACUCUCA